ACCUGGAUCUAGUUGUUCCUGUCUACAUUAGUACCUGGAUCUAGUUGUUCCUGUCAGUACCUGGAUCUAGUUGUUCCUGUCUGCAUCAGUACCUGGAUCUAGUUGUUCCUGUCUGCAUCAGUACCUGGAUCUAGUUGUUCCUGUCAGUACCUGGAUCUAGUUGUUCCUGUCUGCAUUAGUACCUGGAUCUAGUUGUUCCUGUCUGCAUCAGUACCUGGAUCUAGUUGUUCCUAUCAAGAGCAUUACCUGGAUCUAGUUGUUCCUGUCAAGAGCAGUACCUGGAUCUAGUUGUUCCUGACGUUUCUCUAAACCAGGCUAUAGGCUACAUGUGCACCACCAAGUCAGAACAGUAGAGAUGGAGACAUAUGAUGAGAAAAACACAUGUGGGAUGAUUUGUCUGAAAUAUCUGCUAUUGACUUUUAACCUACUCUUCUGGCUGGCAGGUGGAGUGGUGAUGGCGGUGGGGGUGUGGACCCUCGUAGAGAAGAGUGACUACAUCAGCCUCCUCAACUCCACCUUCUACUCUGCCUCUGCCUACAUCCUCAUAGCUGCCGGGGCUAUCGUUGUCUUCACUGGGAUCGUAGGCUGCUGUGCUACCCUCAAAGAAAUGAGGAGUCUGCUAAUAGUGUAUUUCUUCCUGCUACUCUGUAUCUUCUUACUGGAGAUUGUAGCUGGAGUCCUGGCCUAUAUCCAGUAUCAGGAGUGUUUCCCUCUCUGUCAGCAGCUGGAUAAGGAGCUCCAACACAACCUGAAGGAGACCAUGGUUCAGAAAUACCAGCAGUCUGGAGAGGAGAGCAUCACCAGUGCAGUGGACAAGCUGCAGCAGGAGUUUAAGUGUUGUGGUAGUAACAGCUCGUCAGACUGGUCAGACAGUGUGUGGAUCCUGACACCUAGCAAUGAGAGACUGGUCCCAGACAGCUGCUGCAAGACACCCAGUAACCUCUGUGGCCGCAGAGACCACCCCUCUAAUAUCUACAAGGUGGAGGGAGGGUGCAUCACUAAGCUGGAGACCUUCAUUCUGAGCCAACUGCAGAUCCUGGGAGCAGUGGCGAUCGGCAUCGCCUUCCUCCAGCUCAUAGGGAUGAUUCUUGUUUGCUGCCUGUAUCGAGGUCUGAAGGAGGAGUCAUACUGAGCAUCGCUGAUGGCACAACUACAACAGCAAGAAGACAACAACACAACCACAACAACAACAUAUUUACCAGUAUUUAGAUAUGCUUUCUCUCUGUCUCGGACGCUACAUACGUCUCAUGUAGAUAUGUGGAAUGAAAGUCGUUUUUUUUCAAAGACAAAUUUAAUCUAUGUUGAAAUUUAGGUAAGGCAGGCAGCAAGAAACAGGCAAAGAGGCAGGCAGACAGACAGGCAGGCAAAGAGGCAGACAGGAAGGUUGCAGCAGACAGACAGACAGACAGACAGGCAUGCUGUGGGACAGCCAGACAGACAGGAAGGAAAAUAAGCUGUGGGAUAGACAGCCAGACAGGAAGGAAGACGAGCUGUGGGAUAGACAGCCAGACAGGAAGGAAGACGAGCUGUGGGAUAGACAGCCAGACAGGAAGGAAGACGAGCUGUGGGAUAGACAGCCAGACAGGAAGGAAGACGAGCUGUGGGAUAGACAGGAAGGAAGACGAGCUGUGGGAUAGACAGCCAGACAGGAAGGAAGACGAGCUGUGGGAUAGACAGCCAGACAGGAAGGAAGACGAGCUGUGGGAUAGACAGCCAGACAGGAAGGAAGACGAGCUGUGGGAUAGACAGCCAGACAGGAAGGAAAACGAGCUGUGGGAUAGACAGCCAGACAGGAAGGAAGACGAGCUGUGGGAUAGACAGCCAGACAGGAAGGAAGACGAGCUGUGGGACUGCAGUGUUAUAGAGUUGGAUAGCGUCUAGCCUGUAUUGUAUGAGUUUCUAUUCCAUGUUUUAUUUUCUCUUCCUGCCAUAGUCUAUUCUGCCUUGGGUAGAUGCUGGUCUAUUCUGCCUUGGGUAGAUGCUGGUCUAUUCUGCCUUGGGUAGAUGCUGGUCUAUUCUGCCUUGGGUAGAUGCUGUUCUAUUCUGCCUUGGGUAGAUGCUGGUCUAUUCUGCCUUGGGUAGAUGCUGGUCUAUUCUGCCUUGGGUAGAUGCUGGUCUAUUCUGCCUUGGGUAGAUAGAUGCUGGUCUAUUCUGCCUUGGGUAGAUAGAUGCUGGUCUAUUCUGCCUUGGGUAGAUAGAUGCUGGUCUAUUCUGCCUUGGGUAGAUAGAUGCUGGUCUAUUCUGCCUUGGGUAGAAUAGAUGCUGGUCUAUUCUGCCUUGGGUAGAAUAGAUGCUGGUCUAUUCUGCCUUGGGUAGAAUAGAUGCUGGUCUAUUCUGCCUUGGGUAGAUGCUGGUCUAUUCUGCCUUGGGUAGAUGCUGGUCUAUUCUGCCUUGGGUAGAUGCAGGUCUAUUCUGCCUUGGGUAGAUGCUGGUGGAUUUCGACAUGUACAGUGCCUUCAGAAAGUACCGUAUUCAUACCCCUUGACUUAUUCCACAUGUUGUUGUGUUACAGCCUGAAUUCAACAUGGAUUUAAUAGAUUUUCCUCAAUACCACAUAAUGAUAAACUGAAAACAUGUUUUUGGAAAUGUUGAAAAAUGUUGAAAAAAAAAUGUGUUGAAAAUUAAAUACAAAAAUAUCUCAUUUACACAAGUAUUCACAACCCUGAGUCAAUACUUUGUAGAAACAACUUUAGCAAUGCUUACGGCUGUGAGUCUUUCUGGGUGAGUCUCUAAGAGAUUUCCACACCUGGAUUGUGCAACAUUUGCCCAUUAUUCUUAAAAAAUUCUUCAAGCUCUUUCAAAUGAUUUGUUGAUCAGGGCAAGACAACCAUUUUCAGGUCUUAGAUUUUCAAUCAGAUUUUUAAGUCAAAACCAUAACACGGCCACUCAGGAACAUUAACUGUCUUCGUGUUAAGCAACUCCGGAGUAGAUUUGGACUUGUGUUUUAAGUUAUUGUCCUGCUGAAAGGUGAAUGAAUCUCCCAGUGUCUGGGAGACUGAACCAUAUUUUCCUCUGGGAUUUUGCCUGUGCUUCAUUCCAUGUGUUACUGAGAAACACUCCCCAGUCCUUAAUUAACAAUUACAAGCAUACACAUAACAUGAUGCAGCCACCACUAUGCAUGAACAUAUAAAGAGUGUUACUCAGUAAUGUGUUGUACUGGAUUUACCACAAACAGAAUACUUUGUAUUCAGGACAAUUUUUUGCAAUAUUACUUUAGUGCCUUGACAUUUUUUUUUAGGCUUCCUUCUUUUCACUCUGUCAUUUAGGUUAGUAUUGUGGAGUAACUACAAUCCAUCCUCAGUUUUCUCCUGUCACAGCCAUUAAACUCUGUAACUGGUUUAAAGUCAUCAUUGGCCUCAUGGUGAAAUCCAUGAGCGGUUUCCUUCCUCUCUGGCAACUGAGUUAGGAAGGACGCCUGUAUCUUUGUUGUGACUGGGUGUAUUGAUACACUAUCCAACGUGUAAUUAAUAACUUCACCAUGAUGAAAGGGAUAUUCAAUGUAUGUUCUUAUUAUGUUUAGCUUCCUUCCAAUAGGUGCCAUUCUUUGUGAGGCAUUGGAAAACCUUCCUGGUCUUUGUGGUUGAAUCUGUGUUUGAAAUGUACUGCUCAACAGGUACCUUACAGAUAAUUGUAUGUGUGGGGUACAGAGAUGAGGUAGUCCAUUCAAAAAUCAUGUUAAACACUAUUAUUGAAUACAGAGUGAGUCCAUGCAACUUAUUAUGCGUCUUGUUAAGCACAUAUUUACUCCUAAACUUAUUUAGGUUUCCCAUAACCAAGCGGUUGAAUAAUUAUUGACUUAUUUAAACUUUUCAUGUUUUAUUCAUUUGUAAACAUUUAGGAAACAAUAAUUCCAGUUUGACAUUAUGGGGUAUUGUGUGUAGGCCAGUGAGAUUUUUUUUUUGUGCAAUUCAAUCCAUUUUAAUUCAGUCUGUAACACAACAAAAUAUGGAAAAAGUCAAGGGGUGUGAUUACUUUCGUGUAUGUGCCCCAUGACCUUAGCUAAAAAGGCGAGUUUUAGGCCUUAAAUAGGAUUAUAUUGAAGCUGUUUAUGAAGUUCAAAGGAGUCUGUUACAUUUGUUUAUUUAGCAUUACUUUUGUGCCUUAUAUUCAACACACAUGUAUUUUCAGAUUUGUUAUAAAUUAUCUUAUUUGCAUUAUUUAAUCCUCAAUUGCUACUGUCCACUGUACACAUUACUUUUAUUUUGAAAUGCGUUCAGAGAGAGAAAACGUGUGUUGAACUGUCAUUGGCUAGAUGAAACGGAGGUCAUACUAUCAUUGGCUGGAUUUCCAAACCCGUUCCUGUUUUAAUUUUUAUAAUGGGUCAUUAAGUUUUCCUGACAGCAAGAUAUUAUGCUGGCAGUACAUGGCGGAAUUCUGUUUUCAAAAUAAGAGUCCUCCUACAAAGACAUGCUAAACUUUUUUUUUUUACUCUAGUACAGUACUGUUUUUCACAGCAUUUCAAUCACAUUUAAUAAAAUAUAUGGAUAAUCUGACACUU